UGGGCACACUUUGCUGUAAAUUCUUCGGGUUUCAAUAACGUUAACAUUUUCUGUGCUGUACACGUUUUGGAAAAUAUGGUUGACGAACAGCUCUCAAGUGCUUUAAGGGACUUGCCCAGUAGGGCACUAUGUGUGCCUGUGGAGGAACGGCAACUUCUUUUUAGAAAUGUGUCAGCAGUUCUACGAAAUCCCGGUAUAACUUCAGCAGUAAUACGUGGCAUAUGUAAAGUCAUAGCAACAACGAUAACCAAAUACAAGGAUCUUCCAUCUCAGCGAAUAGUUCGGGAGCUCAUUGUUGAUCUCUUAUGCGUUCAUCAUGAUUUAACCAUAGAACAUAUGCUAAACGUCUUUAAAGCCAUUUUAUUCAAAGAAUUUGCGGGUGUUUCGCCUCAAAAGACAUGCAAAUCGGCUCUUAUUGCUUUGGGAUGGAUUUGUCUCAUAGAGAAAUCAGCUAAUCGGGACUCCAAUAUCUACAAGUCAGAAAAAAAAAGGUUAAUUGAAUAUCAGUCAUUGUUAUUCCAAAGCACUUUACUGUCUUCGUACCAACGAAUUACAGAUGCAAGAACUAAAAUAUUAUAUGAAUUAUGGGAAAAUAUUACAAUUUUUAAUGAAACCUUGGACAUUUUAUUUCAAAUGGAAGCUACGACCAACAUUACUAUUAUUUUAAUGACCAUGGUUCAGUUUGAAUCUAAAAACGAGAAGUCUUUUAUUUUAAAUAAAUAUACUGAAAAGUUAUCUGAAUACUUCGUCAAGAGUAUGGUUUCAUGCAAAUAUAAGCCAGAUAAUGCAUUAAUCAAGGCAUGCCGUCCUCUAUUGGAAUCGCUUACCGAAUCUGAGUUUGAUUCAUUUAUAUAUCCUUUGCAAAGGUCAAUUUUACGCAGUCCCGAAAAUACACUUGAAACUAUUGGUCUAAUAUUUGACAUGGUUAAUUUUGACUGCAGCCCUUAUGCCCAGAAAAUGGGAAAUAUUCUAAUAAAAAAUUUAUACAGUAACACGGAUACAGCACGCCGCGAGUCCCUUGAAUCAUUAAAACGAAUGUCCAUGAAAUGCUCCGAUUGCAUUAUAGUAAAAGAGUUAUUAGAGCAUAUCUUUUCUGUGUUAAAUGGAUCUGAUGGAAAAAUAAAUGUUAUUGAAUAUCGUCUGAAUAUAUUACAGGGUGCUGGCUUUUUGAGCUUCAACAACAUAGACCAGAAUAAUUUGCCCCAUAUUUUAAAUCAAGCUGUGACCUUGUUUCGGAAAGCCCUGGAAGUUGAGACCCAGGAUAAAGUUAUUUGCUGCAUUUUGGAAAUGUUUGCCUUGUGGACUCAAAAGUUCAGAAACGAAUUACCUAUUGUCAUUAUAAACAUUUUUAAAAGUGGUAUCAAGCAAAAACACUCAAAUCAAAUAAGGCAAAGUUAUCUUGAAUGGUUUCUGCUGUCGGUAAAAAAUACAAAGAUGGCCAACCCUAGCUGUAUAGUACCAGAUCUAAUAUCUUUAUAUACUAAAGCAUUACAAAAUUCAUCUCAGUUUAGUAACUUGUCUGAAGCAGCCUGCAUUGCCUGUAUACUGCUUAUAUUGGAAGAGCCAAACGAAAGCGAAUUUUUUUUUUGGUCUACAGUUUUUGAUAUGAACAAAAAAUACUUCUUUAACGAAAAAUUUAUUGCAACAGCUUCAAUUGAGACACUGUGUAAUUUAUCAUUGAUGAGUAAAAUAUUGCUAAAUUCCUAUUCUGAAAAAAUUAAAGGAGACUUGUGUCCCUUAAUUCGUGCUCUAAUUUAUAACUUGUGCAAUAAUUCUUUGAAGGUUAGAACAUUUACAAUGUUGGAGAUUCGACAGAUAAUAAAUGGUUCAAAAGGAGUAGAGUUCAUAAGGUUAGCUUUAUCUGAAUUUGAUAAACGAAUUAAUUCGAUCACCAUUCAAAAUGAUGGUGAUAUUUCGAUCGAUCAAUUCGGAACACCGACGCAAGCAUAUGUUGAUGCUUUACAAGUUUUAACAAGUUUAACGCAAAUUAAGCAUCAUGAAUCUAUUGCAGUUGCUGAAGAUCUAUUACUUAUUUCAAAUCAUCCUGCAAUCGUGUUAAAUAAUCAGCAUUUAUGGGAAAACACAAUCGAACAGAACUUUAAAAUAUGUCCUCAAGACUUCAUAUUAGAAAAAAUAUAUAUCCUUGAUAAAUAUAUCGAAAAUUUUAAACCUUCGGCGUCAUACGAAAAUACCAUAUCAGCACUUGUUCGUAUUUCUCCCAGUGUGAUAAUUCCCUUAGUAGUUCUGCAUUUAAAAAACUAUCUAUGUAAUUCAAAACAUUAUGACGCUUCCAAUGAGGAAUACUUAACAUAUUUGACUCCUGAAGGCGAGUUAUAUGAUAAGAGCGUAAUUCCUCACAUAGACUCACAGUAUGAUACUGUUCGUAUUAAACGAGAAAACAAAGUAUAUAGCUACAAAGAACAAUUGGAAGAGAUCCAACUGCGACGUGAAAUUGAUGAGAAAAGGCAGAAGGAAGGAAAAUCAAAAACUAUCAAACUUACUCAAAAACAAGAGGAACAAAUAAAAAAUCAAGCAGAAAAGGAGCUACGCAUAAGAUUGCGCUUAAGCCAAUUACAUGAAAAACUGAUUUCAAAAAUACACUUGCUUAAAUCAUCAUGUAAUGGAAAUGGUAAACAGCUCGCACUACAUUUUUAUACUUUGUUAAAUGAUAUUUUAAAAGCUUCGAAAAGCCCUUUAAGUGCAAAGCUCCUUACAGAUCUAUAUUUAUUUCUGCAUACUAUGUGCUUUAAACUGCACCCAAAGCUUGGUCGUACUAUUGCGCUAGCCACAAUAAAACUUCAGAAUCCGUCAUGUCUAUUAGGAGAGGAAUAUGAAGAAUUAAAUUUACAUAACGCUAUCCCAGAUAUUAUUCUUGAUCUUGACAAUUAUGUGAAAUCCAGUCUUUUGGACUCGCCAUCAUUUUCGUAUGCAUUUGAAUUUAUAAAGCGGGCAAUAUUGUUUUUGAACAUUGAUUCAAAUACUGAACUUAUUUCGAAAUGCAUUCAAAUAAUAGCUUCACAUACCGUGGAAAGUGCUGUAACUAAUUGUAACCCGAAAUUUAUGCCUAGAUUGGGCAUGUUUGAAAUUUUGCUAUAUCUAUUUAAAAACAAUGCAAAACUGAGAGAACAAACCGCAUCUGCUGUUAUAGACGUUGCAAGAUAUUCAUAUGAAGAUGCUUUUUGUGUUGAGACAUAUAACCAAAUUAUAAGUAUAUUUUUAGAAGUCUUGCAAUAUAACGUAGAUCCUGUCAGAAAUCUUGCAUUACAAGCAUUAGAAAUAAUGGUAGAACCAAUAAAAAGACAUAUACAAAUUGAUGAUAGUCUUAAACAAGAAAUUACAAAUAGAUUCUGGAUAGCAAAAUUUGAUUCAGCUGAAGCAAAUAGGGAUCUUGCCAUCGAUAUCUGGAAUAAGGCAAAAUUAUCUUCACCAAAAUUUAGUGAUGUUAUUUAUGAUAUUAAACACCCAGAACAGUGUAUACAAAAAUCAGCUUCAGAAUCCCUUAUGCCACUCAUAUCUGGUGAUGAAAUUUUAACGAAAUGCGCAAUAAAAACAUUGUUUGCUAUUUACAAUGAAAUGUUAACCCUUAUACCACCUGUAUUAGAUAAAUUCAACCGUGAAAUCGAACCCUCUACGGAUCAGUGGAAACCACGAAGAGGUGUGGCUAUUGCUUUCUCUACACUCGCGCCUAUUUUAUGUAUUGAAGAUAUUAAUGAUAUAAUGAAUUUUAUGGUGUCCCAGGGACUUGGAGACCGGAAGGAUGUCGUUCACAAAGAAAUGCUAGCAGCCGCAUUACAAAUCGUUGAUAUACACGGUAACAGGAUAAUAGUAUACUUAUUGCCAGUUUUUGAAGAUUUCCUUGAUAAAGCGCCGAAAUCUCAAAGUUAUGACAACAUUCGGCAGGCAGUUGUUAUAUUAAUGGGUUCGUUGGCUCGACAUUUAGAAAAGAACGACAAAAGAAUUGAUCCUAUAGUAAAGAGACUUUUAACAGCACUAUCAACGCCAUCCCAACAAGUCCAGGAAGCUGUAUCAAAUUGUUUACCGCAUCUUAUGUCUUCUGUAAAAGAUGAAGCCCCUGCCAUGAUAAAAAAACUUUUACAUUCUUUGGCCAAAUCUGAUAAAUACGGUGAAAGGCGUGGAGCUGCGUAUGGCAUUGCUGGAAUAGUUAAAGGUCUUGGAAUUUUGUCCUUAAAACAACUUGAUAUAAUGUCCAAGCUGACAACUUACAUACAAGAAAAAAAAAAUUAUAAGUCACGCGAGGGAGCUUUAUUUGCCUUUGAGGUAUUAUGUACUACACUAGGUCGUUUGUUCGAGCCGUAUAUAGUUCAUGUAUUACCACACCUUCUUCAGUGCUUUGGGGAUUCAUCACAAUAUGUUAGACAAGCAGCGGAUGAUACAGCCAAAGUUGUUAUGGGUAAAUUGUCCGCACAUGGAGUUAAACUAGUACUUCCGUCACUUUUAGAAGCCCUUGAUGAAGAUUCCUGGAGAACGAAAACGGCAUCUGUUGAAUUGUUAGGAGCUAUGGCAUUUUGUGCACCAAAACAACUAUCAUCUUGUUUACCUAGUAUAGUUCCAAAAUUAAUAGAAGUGUUGGGAGACUCCCACACAAAAGUACAGGAAUCUGGCGCGGAAGCUCUUAAAGUAAUCGGGUCUGUUAUUAAAAAUCCCGAGAUCCAGGCCAUUGUUCCUGUGCUCUUGGAUGCAUUAGAAGAUCCCUCUAAUAAUACAUCUACUUGCUUGCAAAGCUUACUGAAAACUAAAUUCGUUCACUUUAUUGACGCUCCUUCCUUAGCCCUUAUCAUGCCAGUGGUGCAACGUGCUUUUAUGGACCGUUCUACAGAAACUAGAAAAAUGGCUGCACAAAUUAUAGGAAAUAUGUAUUCACUAACAGACCAAAAAGAUUUAGCACCGUACCUACCUAGUAUAAUUCCUGGUCUAAAAUCAUCUUUAUUAGACCCAGUGCCUGAAGUGAGAGCUGUAUCUGCUCGUGCACUUGGAGCAAUGGUUAAGGGUUUGGGCGAAGGUUCAUUUGAAAAUUUAUUGCCAUGGCUAAUGGAAACUUUAACUUCAGAGUCAAGCAGUGUGGAUCGCAGUGGAGCAGCACAAGGCCUUUCUGAGGUAGUUGGAGGACUUGGAGUCGAGAAAAUGCAUAAACUUAUGCCGGAAAUUAUUACGACUGCUGAAAGAAUCGAUAUUGCUCCACACGUAAAAGAUGGAUAUAUAAUGAUGUUUAUAUACAUGCCAGGAGCUUUUCCAGAAGAAUUUACGCCAUAUAUCGGUCAAAUUAUAAAUCCAAUUUUAAAAGCAUUAGCAGACGAAAGCGAAUAUGUGAGGGAAACAGCACUAAAGGCUGGUCAGCGAAUUGUUAACUUAUAUGCUGAGACAGCAGUGGCCCUUUUACUUCCUGAACUUGAAAAAGGAUUAUUUGAUGAUAAUUGGCGCAUCAGAUAUAGCUCAGUGCAAUUACUAGGAGAUUUGUUAUAUCGUAUUUCAGGAGUAUCUGGAAAGAUGACUACAGAAACAGCAAGCGAAGACGAUAAUUUCGGAACUGAACAUUCACACACUGCUAUUAUUCGAUUUUUAGGCGAUGAACGUAGGAACCGGGUAUUAUCCGGACUUUACAUGGGUCGUAGUGACGUUUCGUUAAUGGUCCGACAAGCUGCGCUACAUGUAUGGAAGGUAGUUGUGACAAAUACUCCAAGAACACUGCGCGAAAUUCUUCCCACAUUGUUUGGUUUACUUUUGGGAUGUUUGGCAAGUACCAGCUUUGACAAAAGACAAGUGGCCGCACGAACAUUGGGCGAUUUAGUUCGAAAACUAGGUGAAAGAGUUUUACCCGAAAUUAUUCCUAUUCUUGAAAAUGGAUUAAACUCUGAUCACCCAGAUCAACGACAAGGGGUAUGUAUAGGCUUAUCGGAAAUAAUGGGAUCUACAUCAAAAGAAAUGGUUUUCACAUUUGUGAAUAGUUUGGUUCCUACAGUACGCAAGGCCUUGUGCGACCCCUUACCAGAAGUUAGAGAAGCUGCCGCAAAAACAUUUGAAUCCUUGCAUAGUACAGUUGGCUCACGUGCAUUAGAUGACAUUCUGCCGUAUAUGUUAGAAGGCCUGUCCGACCCGGACCCCUUAGUUGCCGAGAAUACAUUAGAUGGUCUGAGACAGGUAAUGUCCAUUAAAUCAAGGGUAGUACUACCAUAUCUUGUACCACAGUUAACUUCCAAACCUGUUAAUACAAAAGCAUUAUCUAUUCUGGUAUCUGUUGCGGGUGACGCAUUAACCAAGUACUUGCCUAAAAUAUUAGCUGCUCUAUUAGAAGCAUUAUCAGAGUCUUAUGGAUCCCCACAUGAGCAGCAAGAGAUUGAUUAUUGCCAAACUGUCAUAUUAUCGGUUACGGAUGAAACUGGUAUUAGAACAAUUAUGGAUAUAUUACUUAUUUCUGCAAAUUCGAAUGAGCUUUGCACACGGAAAUCAUCAGCAGGUUUGCUGUCUGCAUUUUGUAUUCACUCGCAAGGAAAUUACUCACAAUACAUCCCGCAACUGUUACGAUGCUUAGUUAGAUUAAUGGUUGACAACGAUAAGGAUAUAUUACAGAAGUCAUGGGAAGCUCUUAACGCUGUUAUUAAAGGUCUAAAUUCAGUACAACAAAUUAAUCACGUAUCUGAUGUUCGUCAGGCAGUGAGGUUUGCAGCUAGUGAGUUAAAAGGCCCAGAGCUACCAGGUUUCUGUUUGCCUAAGGGAAUUACUCCUCUUUUGCCGGUUUUCCGAGAAGCUAUUUUAAAUGGUUUGCCAGAGGAAAAAGAAAACGCAGCACAAGGUUUAGGUGAAGUAAUUUUUCUAACUAAUGCACAAUCUCUUCAACCCUCUGUCGUGCAUAUAACUGGCCCGCUAAUAAGAAUAUUAGGGGACCGUUUUAAUGCUGCAGUUAAAGCAGCUGUAUUAGAAACAUUGGCCAUAUUGCUUAAUAAAGUUGGAGUUAUAUUAAAACAAUUUUUACCACAGCUCCAGACCACUUUUCUGAAAGCGCUGCAUGAUCAAAACAGAAACGUAAGAAUGAAAGCUGGAAAAGCAAUCUCAGAGUUAGUUGCGAUUCACUCAAGAGCAGAUCCAUUAUUUAAUGAAAUUCAUAAUGGCAUAAAAAAUUCAGAUGAUUCCUCUAUUAGAGAAACAAUGUUACAUGCUCUUCGAAGUAUUCUGAGUCCUUUUGGAGAUAAAAUGACUGAGCCGAUAAAAAAACAGAUUUAUUUUACCUUAUUAAGUAUGAUCGGUCAUCAAGAAGACGUCACUCGAAAAUGUGUUGCUGGAUGCCUGGGAGCCAUGUUAAAGUACAUAACGGCAGUGCAAGUGGAUAAUUUAUUUAAUACUUUAAUACUACCUGAUAAUACAGAUGAUAUAUUAGUUAAACAUGGAUAUACUGUAGUUUUGUUCGUUGCUUUAAAAGAAUGCCCCAAUGAAGUGCUUACGACAAACCUAAAAGAAAAAGUAACUUUAUAUGUUCUGGCCAAUAUUUUAUCAGACAAAGUGCUGAUUGCUUGCAAUGCUAUCAGAGCUGCCACCUACUAUGUGGAGUAUUUUAUAGUUAAUGAUUAUAAACCUCCAAUUAAUGUGAUAGUUGCACUAGCAAGAGCUAUGAAUCAUAGCAGUAAUGAUGUCAAACAAUUGGUCCCGAAAAGUUGUACUUAUCUUUCCAAAAGUUUAAUAACCUACCAAUUUAAUCUCGAUGUUUUGAAGUGUCUGGUACCUAUGUUAGUAAAUGGCACUAAGGAAAAGAAUGGAUAUGUGAAAUCGAAUUCUGAGCUUGCAUUAAUAUCUAUUUUAAGAUUACGAACUGAUGACUCCACUCUUACGAAAAUUUCAGAUAUCUUAGAUUCGGGUGCUAAAGACUCGUUAAAUGACGUUGUAACAAAAGUCUUAAAACGCACAGCGUCCCAGGCAACAGUUAAAGAAGAAGAAUUAGAUGAUACAUUACUAACAUAAUGAUUAAACUUUUGAAUUGUAAUACAUAAAAUUUGAUAAA